UGCGCCACAUGCUCCACAAUUUUUUGUUGCCUUUUGCGGCUGAUUCUCACUGCCCGUUUAUUUCGCAAGUAAAAACCCUCCAUAUAUGAUAAUAAACUAAAUAGUAAGCAGCCAUGAGCGCCACCGACGAGUUCCAGAGCUGGCUCAACGAGCAGCUGCGCAAACUGAACACCGACGAGAACGUUUUCGGCUCCUACAUCGUUGGCAUUUUGGAGGGCGACGAAACCAGAGAGGAGAAAAUCGAGGCUCUCGAGGGAAUCCUAAGCGAAACAGGUUCGGCCAACAUUGACGAACUGGUGGCCACCAUACUGCAAAAGUGGCUACAGAGCCAUCCCAGCGCCGAUGAUCCGCCCAAGAAGGGCUUGGACAUCGAUGUGAAUGCCCAGUUGGCCAAGUUGCUGGAGCAACAGAAGCUGCAACUCGCCGUGAACAAGGAGCGUGAAUACACCGAGGAGGAGCGUCGCAUCAAGCAGCAGAUCCUGGCUCAAUACUCCCAGACUGCCGUUACAAACGAGGACGAUGAGGAUUCGGAGGAGGAGAGCGACGAUGACAGCGGCACGCUCACCAGGAACACCAACAAAUCGGAUGUCCAGGCGCUGGCCAAGGAGAAGCGAGAGCAGGCCCGCCUGGACAGUGCGGCCAAGAAGCAAAAGGACAAGGAGGAUCGGGAGAAGCAAAAGCAACUGCGCGAGGAGAAGAAGGAGAAACGCAAGACCGUCAAAGGCGAACGGCGUCGAUAACCGUCCGCAAGUGCAUAUUUUUAGACUCUUUCUAUAAACAACAACAAAAUCGAUCUGUACACAUAUGCAAAGUGCAUUUCGCAUGUAUAUGUACAUUUGAUUCGUUGAAGCGAAGUAAGCUUUGAAGAGAUUUAACAAACUGUUGAAUAUAAAACAAUAAUUAUAAUUGAAA